AUGGUCGCCCAAGUUCAAAAACCUGCUCCAGCCUUCAAGAAAACCGCUGUCGUCAACGGUGUCUUCGAAGAAGUCUCCUUAGAUCAAUACAAGGGUAAAUACGUUUUAUUGUCCUUUAUCCCAUUGGCUUUCACCUUUGUUUGCCCAACAGAAAUCAUUGCUUACUCUGAAGCUGCCAAGAAAUUUAGAGCAUUGGGUGUUGAAGUCUUGUUUGCUUCCACUGAUUCUGAAUAUUCUUUAUUGGCCUGGACUAACGUUCCAAGAAAAGAUGGUGGUUUAGGUUCUAUUGAUAUUCCUUUAUUAGCUGACACCAACCACUCCUUGUCUAAAGAUUACGGUGUUUUGAUCCCAGAAGCUGGUGUUGCUUUGAGAGGUAGUUUCUUAAUUGACCCACACGGAAUUGUUAGACAAAUCACUGUCAAUGACUUACCAGUUGGUAGAGAUGUCAAUGAAAGUUUACGUUUAGUUGAAGCUUUCAAGUGGACUGAUGAACAUGGUACUGUUUUGCCAUGUAACUGGACCCCAGGUAAAGCUACCAUCAAGCCAGAUGUUGAAGGCUCCAAGGAAUACUUUGAAUCCGCCAAUUGA